CCUCCCUUUCUUCCUUCAACUGUCAUUGUAACAUUAGCUAAUACCUCUCCAGGGCUUAUUUAACUGAGUGGGUUUCUUCUCACUAAAUUCGAGCAAAUUGUCAUUUUGUCCACCGGGUUGAGGUCCUGUCACUGGCUCUCCUGUCUGGAGCCCAGCUGAGGGCUUUGGCCCAGCCAGGUUGUUGCAAAGACACAUUUCAGCCUUGUCCUUCUGCCCUCUGGGAAAAGAAGGACCAGGAGGUGGAUCCUGGAUGCCGUCAGGACACAAAGGGACGAGAGCCACAUAGUUACCCUCUUCGGAGCAAUUCGUUACCAGAAUCUCGCCUCUUCUAGAACGAGUGUAGGAGUUUCCUUAACAUUCUCAGAAUGUCUUUCACGAAUUAACAAAAGCUGUACCUGCUCCCUGUAGACAAGCAGACAACGCAGAAAGGGGGAAGCGCAGAAAUUAAAAGGAAAAAUCCCUUCCUGAACCAGAGCAAACAGAUCCGAACGCUGGGGUACUGCUGCCAGCUGGUUGGCGGGGUCCUGGUGGAGCGAUGUCCAGCCAGGUCGGAAGUGGGGACGCGUCUGCUGACCCUGUCCUCCCAGCUCAGCCACUGUAGGACCGUCCUGCGACUCUUUGACGAUGUGGCCAUGUUUAUCUACACGAAGCAGUACGGCCUGGGGGCAGAGGAGGAGGACAUCUUUGUCCGCUGCGUGUCGGUCCUCGGCAACCUGGCCGACCAGCUCUACUACCCCUGUGAGCACAUCGCCUGGGCUGCUGAUGCCAAGAUCCUUCGCGUGGACUCUGCCCGGUGGUGGACACUGAGCACAGCCUUCUGGGGCCUCUCCCUGCUCCUGGGCAUUGCCAGGUCCUUGAGGAUGGUCCUGACGCUGAGAUGGAAGCUGAGGGGCCCCGCGGUGGCCUUCACCAGCCGGCUGCCGCGGAGCAAGAGGAGGGCCAUGGAGGCCCAGGUCCAGUCGGAGGUGCUGACCCUCCUGAGCAACGCGGCCGAUCUGGCCAAUGCUGUGCACUGGCUGCCUCCCGGCGUCCUGUGGGCUGGCCGCUUCCCCCCGUGGCUCGUGGGGCUCCUUGGGACCAUCUCCUCCCUCCUCAGCAUGUACCAGGCUGUCCUGGCCAGUGGCCAGGGCGAGGCCACCACCCCCUGAUGUGGCCUGGGAGGCGUGGCUGCAGCCAGAACGCCACCGGAGCCCCUUCCACAAAGCAGAAAUCACUUGGUGGGGGAGCUGGGUCUAACUGAGUGAGUCAAUGCCAGGUGUAGGGAGUGUCCCCCAGAGGACACACAGGGCCACCUCGGGCGCACGCCCAUUCUGGGGCAGGAUGGGGGCAGGGGUGAGGUCUCCCAGGGUCCAAGAGCCAGGGCCUUUCUAACCAGGCUGGGGCUCCAUGUGGGAGGCUUUUCUCAGGGCCAGAGGAGGGUCCCCAAGCCUCACAUGUAGAAAAGGGUGCCGGGGGCCUCACAGCGCCUCGCGCGGCCCAAGUCCUGCAUCAUUCCAAUAAAGGCGAGCUGGGGAGCAGGGAUGGCGGACGCCACGCGGGCCUUGGGAAGGUCGAGAUGAUGAUUGAUUAAAUAGCGUGUUGGUGCCAGGCCAAGCAUGAGAGUUGAUUUCUAAAUCACUGCAAGCCCUCUCGCUCACACACCCUGUUCCUCUGGGGCAGCGACAGCCUUGUGCAUUGUGGAGGGAGGCGGGGGUGGGGUGAUGCCUGGAAACCACACCUCCCCGGCCCGCCUUCUGGAACAUGCUUGGCCCAGUGGGUCCUCUCUGACUCUGCGAGCACAGCCCGCUGCCCCUGAGCAGCCUUUGGCCAAGGCGAGCAGCUCUCCUGUCUGGGGCACAGGGGCCACAGAGGCCACCCUUCACCAGGCCAUGCCUGUGUCUUGUCCCCUGUGCAGCUCCAGGGUACUUGCUGCGGCCAGAGCAUCUCGCACCCAGCCACAGCUCGGGCCCAGCGCCCCUCUGAGUGCUUUAUGGACUCGUCUGCGGCCAGGCCUCGCCGGCUCCCGUCUCCCACCUCCCGGCGUGGGUUGGGAUGUCUCUCGCAGACACGAGAGGCCUCGUGUGUGUGGCCUCAGGCAGGCGCCUGCAGAUGGUGGCCAGCCCGCCCCUGCCCCUCUUGAUGUGUCCGCGGACCCUCCACCUCGGAGCCCAGCCGGAAGCCGAGGGGAUCAGGCUCUCCCUUACUUCCCGCGGCCAACGAGAAUUGGCUUGCGGCCCCCGAGACUUCACAGGACACCUGCCCGAUGUCUCGUCCUACAAGGAAGCUACGUGGUGGGAAGACGAGCACCCACUUCCCUGCCUGUAAGGCACUUGGAGCGCUGUUUGGGGGGCACCACACAUAGCCAGCUUGUCUGGCUCAACAGGCUGGUGUCCCCAUGGGCCUGGGUAGAGCCAGAUGCCGGGCAGCUGGGAAGCACCCUCUGUAGUGUGGCCAAACCCCCCGCCUACUGCCCUUCCUUGCCUGGCAGCUUCAGCCUCUUGCGGGGGGGCAAGGCCAGCCAGUUCCUGGGAGCGGGACCUACAGGCGUUCUCCCAGGCCCCAGGCAGCACUUGCUGUCACCAACUCAGCUCCUUUGGGCACAGAGAGGCAGAUGGGCCUUAGGGAUGGCCCUGCUCGGGGUGACAGCUCCUUGUCUAGGAAGCUACCAUUCCAAGAGCACCGGGACCCUGCCUGAGCAGCGAGGACCUGGUCACAUCCCCACCCCUCCCUCAGCCUUGUCUGGAGGGCUGCUCCUGGGGGGCCCCACGCGUCCCCACUGCCUCCGCCUCUCGAUGCCUGGAUGCAGUCAUCGUCUGGAGCUUCCUGGGUGCAGCGUGUGGGGCCCUGGGCAUGGGGUCCAGGCCUCCCCAAGGUCAUCCUGCAGCAGAAGGUAAGGGGCGCCCCUUCCAGCACUGACCUUUGGGCCGAGGCUCCUACGACAAAACCCCGAGCCCCCUUCAACAAAACCUCGAACACUCCCGUCGGCUCAUCUUCGACACCUUUAUUGCUGGAAUCAGGUCUUCAGUUCUAGGGCGGGUCUCUAAGACCCCGCGGUGAGGAAAUGCUGCAAUCAUCGUAAAAGUAAUUGUCGGGUGGACUAAGAUUAUGGUCACAACGAACAAGGACGUGCACGGGUUCCACGGAAAUAAAGAGCAUCUGCUCAACCACCAACCGUACAAGUAAAAUUGGGCUCUCCCCAGGAGGGACCUCGCCGGGAUGAGAGACAGACCACCAUCGACACUGACCGUGGCGGGACACCCUGGUUCCUGCCACAUGGCUGAGCGGAGAGUCCUUGGACUUGUCACCGGCUGAGGAAUCGUGGUGUCUUGGAGGGUCAGACCAGAGCAGGCGGCCAGGGGCACGUGGCGGUGAAAUCACCCAGCAUGAGGGCCCGGGAAUGUUCUCUUCACAAGGAGGCAGAAACUUAAAGUCGACCUUGCUAAAGUG